AUGGUCAGCCCAUUUGCAGUGUUUCGUUACUCCGAAUCCCUGGAUAAAUUAUUAAUGAUAGUGGGCGCUAUUUUUGCAGCCCUUCAUGGGGCUUCCCUUCCAGUUAUGAUGAUUGUUUUUGGAGACAUGACAGAUACCUUUGUUGGAUCGGGAACUCUUCCUCCAGGUAAAAGGAAUAAUGCACCUUUACCUACUGACUCCCAGUACUUACCUUUUAAGGAUCUAGAAGAAACAAUGACAAGGUAUGCAUACUGGUAUUCAGCCAUAGGAGCUGGAGUUCUUGUUUCUGCCUAUGCAUACACUGCAUGUUGGACACUUGCGGCUGGCCGCCAGGUCAAAAGAAUUAGGCAACAAUUUUUCCACGCCAUUAUGAGGCAAGAAGUAGAAUGGUUUGAUGUAAAUGAUGCUGGAGAAUUAAAUACACGACUUAUAGAUGAUGUAUCCAAAAUCAAUGAAGGAAUUGGUGAUAAAAUUGGAAUGCUGAUUCACGGAAUAUCAGCAUUUCUAUCAGGAUUUAUAGUCGGAUUCAUUAAAGGAUGGAAAUUGACUCUUGUAAUCCUUGCUAUCAGUCCUGUUCUAGGAAUCUGUGCUGCAAUUUGGGCAAAGAUCCUUUCUGCAUUCACUAAUAAGGAACUUGCUGCAUACGCAAAAGCUGGUUCAGUUGCUGAGGAAGUUCUAGGUGCUAUCAGAACAGUGAUAGCUUUUGGAGGACAGAAGAAAGAAAUUGAAAGAUAUCAUAAAAAUUUAGAAGAAGCUAAAAACAUUGGGAUAAGGAAGGCUAUUAGUACCAGCAUUUCCCUUGGAGUUGCUUUCUUAAUAAUAUAUGCCUCCUAUGCAUUGGCUUUCUGGUAUGGAACUACAUUGAUAAUAGAGGAAAAAUACAGUAUUGGAGGAGUCCUUACAGUCUUCUUUGCUGUGAUCAUUGGAGCAUUUAGUAUUGGCCAAGUCUCUCCAAACCUACAAGCAUUUGCUAGUGCUAGAGGAGCUGCAUAUGCAAUAUACAAAAUCAUAGACAAUGAACCACAAAUUGAUAUUUAUUCAGAAAGUGGCUAUAAACCUGACAAAAUUACAGGAAAUCUCAGUUUCCAAAAUGUAUAUUUUAAUUAUCCAGCAAGGCCAGAUGUCAAGAUAUUAAAUGGACUGAAUCUGCAGGUCAAUAGUGGACAAACAAUAGCCCUGGUUGGCAGCAGUGGUUGUGGGAAAAGUACAACUGUCCAAUUGAUACAAAGGUUUUAUGAUCCCUUGGAAGGCAUGAUUACCAUUGAUGGACAGAAUAUUAAAACCCUGAAUUUAAGAUAUCUGAGAGAAAUUAUUGGUGUUGUAAAUCAGGAACCUGUACUAUUUGCCACAACAAUUGCAGAAAAUAUUAGACAUGGCCGUGAAAAUGUCACCAUGGAAGAGAUGGAAAAAGCUACCAAAGAAGCCAAUGCUUAUGAUUUCAUCAUGAAUUUACCUGACAAGUUUGAAACUAUGGUUGGUGAAAGAGGAGCACAGCUAAGUGGAGGACAGAAGCAACGGAUAGCGAUUGCCCGGGCUCUUGUGCGGAACCCCAAAAUUUUGUUACUGGAUGAGGCUACAUCAGCUUUGGAUACAGAAAGUGAAGCUAUCGUACAGGCAGCUUUGGAUAAGGCAAGAGAAGGCCGCACAACAAUUGUAGUAGCUCAUCGUUUGUCUACAGUCCGAAAUGCAGAUGUUAUAGUUGCUUUUGAAGAUGGGGUCAUUAGAGAACAAGGAGCCCAUUACGAGCUUAUGCAAAAGAAAGGAAUUUAUUUCAAACUUGUCAAUAUGCAGGCAAUUUCCACUGAAGUUGAAAACUCAGAAGACUCAGCAGAAGAAGAAUCCCAUCUGAAAAAUAACCCAGAAGAGAUAAGCAAAGAUGCUUUUUCAAACAAGCUGAGGAGACGUUCUACUCGCAGAAGUAUUAAAAAGCCAGAAAUGGAGGAAAAAAACCUUGAGGUCCAGACAGAUGAAAAUAUUCCCAAAGUUUCAUUUCUUAAGAUUAUGAAGUUAAAUCUAUCCGAAUGGCCUUUCUUUUUAUUGGGAACAUUUGCUGCUCUGGUCAAUGGAGCACUGCAGCCUGCAUUUGCAAUAAUAUUCUCAGAAGUCAUAGGUAUUUUUGCAAUACAAGAUCCCAAAGUUGUGCGUGAAAAGAGCAAUCUCUAUUCACUACUAUUUUUAGGGAUUGGCAUUGUUUCCUUCAUUACCUUUUUUCUUCAGGGUUUCAGUUUUGGCAGAUCUGGAGAGAUUCUUACAAUGAAGCUACGUUACAUGGGAUUCAAAGCAAUACUUAGACAGGAUAUCAGUUGGUUUGAUAAUCCCCAAAACAGCACUGGAGCCCUAACUACAAGGCUUGCAAAUGAUGCUUCUGAAGUAAAAGGUGCUACAGGGGAAAGGUUAGGUAUAAUUGCCCAAAACAUUGCUAAUCUUGGGACUGGAAUUAUUAUAUCAUUUGUGUAUGGCUGGCAGUUGACUCUUCUACUUCUGGGUCUUGUGCCAAUCAUUGCAGUAGCAGGACUCAUUGAAAUCAGAAUGCUAUCUGGACAUGCUGAGAAAGAUAAAAAGGAACUUCAAGGUGCAGGGAAAAUUGCAACAGAAGCUAUUGGAAAUAUUCGAACUGUAGUUUCCCUCACUCAAGAAAGAAAAUUUGAACAAAUGUAUGGAGAAAGUUUGAACGGACCUUACAGAAAUUCUAUAAAGAAAGCACAUCUUCACGGACUAACUUUUGGCAUUUCCCAAGCAAUGUUGUACUUCUGCUAUGCAGGCUGUUUUCGUUUUGGUGCCUACCUUAUUGCAAAUGGACAUAUGGAUUUUAAAUCCGUAUUCUUAGUAUUUUCCUGCAUUGUAUUUGGUGCCAUGGCCGUAGGGCAGACCUUUUCAUUCACACCAGAUUAUGCCAAAGCCAAAAUAUCUGCUGCUCAUAUGUUCAUGUUAUUCGAAAGAGUCCCAUCUAUAGAUAAUUACAGUGAGGAAGGAAAGAAGCCUGAAACAAUGAAUAGCAAUAUAGCAUUUAAGGAAGUGGUUUUCAACUAUCCAACCCGGCCAGAUGUUCCAGUGCUUCAAGGUCUGAAUAUUGCUAUACAGAAGGGGCAAACCCUGGCGCUUGUGGGAAGCAGUGGCUGUGGAAAAAGCACAGUAGUCCAGUUGCUUGAAAGAUUCUAUGAUCCCCUCAGUGGAGAAGUGCUUUUGGAUGGUGAAAAUGAAAAGCAGUUAAAUAUUCAAUGGUUGCGGUCUCAGAUUGGAAUUGUUUCUCAAGAACCAACUCUGUUUGGCUGCAGCAUUGCAGAAAAUAUUGCCUAUGGUGAUAACAGUAGAGAGGUAUCAUUUGAUGAGAUAUGUGAAGUAGCUAAAGCAGCCAAUAUACAUUCCUUCAUUGACUCUUUACCAGAAAAAUACAAUACUGCUGUUGGUGACAAAGGAACUCAACUCUCUGGGGGCCAAAAGCAGCGCAUCGCUAUUGCCCGUGCUCUCCUCCGCCAGCCAAAAAUUCUGCUGUUGGAUGAAGCAACCUCUGCCCUUGACACAGAAAGUGAAAAGGUUGUCCAGGAGGCUUUGGAUAAAGCCAGACAAGGUCGUACCUGCAUUAUAAUAGCUCAUCGCUUAUCAACAGUGCAGAAUGCUGACAUUAUAGCUGUAAUCCACAAAGGGAAAGUUAUGGAACAAGGAACACAUCAGCAACUUCUGGCUGAAAAAGGAAUUUAUUAUUCAUUAGUCAAUGUACAGGCAGGAACAGCUCAUGGAUAAAUAAGAAAGUGAACAUUACUUGAAUUAAUUUGAUUGAUGGGUUAUGUAGCAUU